GUCACCGGAGCCUCAGCAACACACAGAGCCCCCCACAGCCGCAGACAUGAAACAGUUCUUCGCCGUUGUGUUGCUGGCCGCGGUGGCCAGCGCCGCUGAGAAGGAGGACCUGAAGGCCGAGGGCUCGCACCAGGUCUCCUCCUACGGUCACGGAUCGUACGGUGGUGGGUACGGCUACGCCCCCAGUUACAGCCACUCGUACAGCAAGACCUACAGCAAGCCCAGCUACGGAUACGGUCAUGGCAGCUCUGGCUAUGGAAAGAGCUACGGCGGCUACGGCGGCUACGGUAGCGGCUACGGAGGCAGCUACGGCUACAGCAAGCCGAGCUACAGCCAUGGUUACGUCAAGAGCUACGGCUAUUCAGCUCCCAGCUAUGGCUACGGCUAUGGCAACGGAUACGGCAGCGGAUACGGACAUGGCUACUCUGGCUACGGCGGUUACUCUGGCUACGGUCACAGCGGCUACGGUCACGGUGGCUACGGACACGGUGGCUAUGGCUCUGGCUACGGCUAUGGCGGCUACGGCUCUGGCUACGGCUCUGGCUAUGGCCACGGCAACUACGGAUACGGAGGCUAUGGAUACGGCGCCCCGGCGUACUCGUACUCUCGUAGCUACGGCUACUCUGCGCCCUACGGCUACGGUCACUAGACCAGCCCCAUCGGCACUGCGGUCUCCGCGGCGCCGCCCAGUCGCCGGCCUGCAGCCGGUCCGCACCGGGUCACGUGACUCGGAGAGGCCAGCUGUCGCCGCUCGACGUGCUCGCAGACCCCUCCUGGUCGGCGGUCACUCUUCUGACCACCUGGGGUCGGUUCAGGUCCUGACCUGUCCUGACCUGCCAGUAUUGUGCAGGACAGCGGGACACUCGUCCGCGUUAGACCCAGUCUUUCCAGCUUGAUUUAUUUAUGCUCGUGUCGAUUGCAGUGCCUGAGGGCAGUGCAUAACAAUA